UUUUAAGAGAGAGAAAACUGAAACUAAGCUCUCCUGUGCAGGCAGGUGUAGCUGCUAUACACUUGGGUAUGCACAUACUUACACAUUCAGAGAGACUGAAAGAGGGGAUAUAGAGAUAAACAGAGUGAGAGAUUAUAAUGGACCAUCAUGAUCAAGACCAGGAGCAUGAAGUCUAUGGAGGGGAAAUACCCGAUGCAGGAGAUAUGGAUGCCGAUAUUGAUAUGUCUAGGGCUGAAGAAGAGGACCCUAGUGCCAAGGACCUGGAGGAUAUGAAGAAGAGACUUAAGGAGAUAGAAGAAGAAGCUGGUGCUCUUCGUGAAAUGCAGGCGAAAGUCGAGAAGGAAAUGGGAGCUGGCCAAGAUGUAUAUGCAGAUUCAAGUGCUUCUGCAACCCAAGCAGAAAAGGAAGAGGUUGAUGCACGGUCAAUAUAUGUUGGAAAUGUAGACUAUGGAUGUACACCUGAAGAAGUUCAACAACAUUUUCAGUCGUGUGGCACUGUAAACAGGGUGACAAUUUUAACAGAUAAAUUUGGUCAGCCUAAAGGUUUUGCUUAUGUUGAAUUUGUUGAACUCGAGGCUGUCCAAAAUGCUGUGCUGCUAAAUGAGACUGAAUUGCAUGGCCGCCAGUUGAAGGUGUCAGCUAAACGAACCAAUGUUCCUGGGUUGAAACAGUUUCGUGGAAGACGGGCCAACCCUUAUUUUGGUUUUAGAGGCAGGAUGCCUUUCAUGCCCCCUCCUUUCUAUGCACCAUAUGGUUAUGGGAGGGUACCCAGGUACAGGCGACCAAUGCGGUACAGGCCAUAUUGAUUAUGUUUUUUCUUCUUCCUAUUUCAUUAUUAGAAGAUCAUCCUCUUCCUCCAUCUUCAUGUCUUGUUUGAUUGAUUUUCCAUGGAUGAAAUGGCUUCCAUGCUGUUAUGGUUUGUAAACUGCAUAGACAAAACAUGAAAUAGGCAUAUGAUGAGAGUUUAUAAUGAUGUCUACCCCAUCCCCUUCUCAUAACAUUUCCAAAGAAACAGGCUUGAUACUCUUUGUUUUCAUUUUAAUCCAACUGUUUUUAGUUUAUGAAGUAUUAAAGAAGAUAUUUGGCACACA